CAUCUCUGGAUUUCGGCGACAUAUACUGGAGGGAGAGAGAAUCCAAAGCCCUCCUUUGGGUUUGUCUCUUCCUCUCUCUCCUCCUUCUCCCACCCACCCCUUCUCCCUUGUUGUGGGUGUGCUGUGGAGAGGAGAAAGGAAGGAGAGCAAGAACCAACACCAACAAGAGCUGCUGCCAACUCCUGCACAGCCUGGGCUCUCAUCACUGAUUGCCCACCUAUUACCUUCCUCUUUUGUGAUUUAGAAUCACCCAUCUAUCCCUUAUAUAUCUACCUUUUCUCGGUCCUCUGUAAACUCUCUCGUCUUCUAGGUUUCACAGGCCUCAAGAUAGGCCUCUGGACCUAAGCUUGCAAGCAGCUGCUGUUCUUGGUUUUCUUGAUUCUUGGUUUUGUGGUUCUUGGAUUUUUGGGUUCUUAGGUUUCUUGUAUCUUCCCCCAAUCUUGCAAAAUCUUGUGAAGUUUCUUUUCGCUGUUUGGGGACCAUGGACGAAAGGAUUCCGCCGCCGUCCCUCUUGCAAUACUCGCAGUCCCCUGUUCAUUCUUCCCCUCACCCCCUCAAUUCUAUGAGGUAUUCUUCCUCUGAAAGAGAAAGAUAUCUGGCUGAGUUGCUUGCAGAGAGGCAGAAAUUGGCCCCAUUUGUGCAAGUUCUUCCUUUCUGUACCAGGCUGUUGAACCAAGAGAUUUUGCGCGCAUCUUCUAUGGCGCCUAACCAUAACUUUGUUGAUCCUGAGAGAAUUGAGCAUGGUAGCCCAUUAAGGUUACCUGGCCACCCAGUGAAUGGUCAGCCAAUGGAUCUGGAGGGCUGGACAGGGAUUCAAACAGAGGCUUCUCAGCAUAUGGGGGUUCUACAAGCAUCAUCAAUGGGCUGGAAUGGUGCUCCUGUACUCGCUGCCACUCCUGUUGUCAAGAAAGUCAUGAGGCUGGAUGUUCCGGUGGACAAGUAUCCUAAUUACAACUUUGUUGGUCGUUUAUUGGGGCCGCGAGGUAACUCCCUGAAAAGAGUUGAAGCUUCAACCCAAUGUAGAGUUUACAUUCGAGGACGUGGUUCGGUGAAAGACUCUGUUAAGGAAGACAAGCUGAGGGAUAAACCUGGGUAUGAACACCUUAAUGAACAACUGCAUGUACUUGUGGAAGCAGAGUUUCCAGUAGAUAUGGUUGAUGCGCGCCUAAAUCAAGCUGUCUCCAUCCUAGAGGAUCUCCUCAAACCAAUUGACGAGUCCAUGGACUUCUACAAGAAGCAGCAGCUGAGGGAGCUGGCAAUUCUAAAUGGCACGCUGAGAGAGGAAAGUCCAAGCCCUCACCUCAGCCCUAGUGUGUCCCCCUUCAACUCCACCGGGAUGAAGCGCGCAAAAACAGGGCGGUAAUCUCUGUUCCGAAAGCUCCAUCCCCCAAAAUCAAUCAUGGUUCAAUGCCCAAUUACAAGCAACUGCUGUACUGCUGGAGAUGAUUGGUGAAGCAUAUGCUGGGAUCAUCAGUGCUGCUGGCCUAUGCCUGUCAUGAUCUAUGCUUUUUAUCAACACACAACAUGUCUGUGCUUGGACGAAUGGUCUCUGGGCUUGUUGUUUGACUCUAUUAUUAUUUAUUCUUUGUGCUUCUGACUGCCUAAGUAUUAUUAACAUUAUUGGUUUGGGUAAGUUAACAAGGCCCGGUUGGCCAGUCACUAUAGAAGCUGGGGGGUUCGAUGUGUCGGACAAUAAUAAGGUUUCGUUGGUGUAGCUGAGAUAGUUGUAAUAUGUCACUGUGCUGAUGCUUUUGUGUGGUGCUAGUACAAGACAACCAGACAGCUAUAGUUGAGGCAAUGAUUAUUUUUCAUUCAUAAAAUGUUUCGUUGUCGUGCCUACUUCA